CAUACACACACACACACACACACACACACACACACACACACACACACACACACACACACUUCCUUGUAGCAGGCAUUCUGCUUUCCAGGACCUGCCAUUUGUGGCAGAGGUACUAAGACGGGCUAGGCAGCAGAGAGGUGGCCAAACCCACACUGCUUCCACAACCCUGCUCUCAUCGGACUGACUCCCACAGGCAGUUCUAAGGAGUGUGACCAGCUGAUUCCCAUGCUGUGCAUGCCUCCUGAGUUACUUUGUUUUCCACUGCUGUAGGCAAGCAGUACUGUGGACACAGCCUUCCUGGCCUCUGUUCCAAAGAAGACGGCCCACUUACAACUCUGGAUUCUCGCUGGUGUGGCCGGUGCCCCAGAUUUCUCCCAGGAAUGGGUCUUGGAGAGACCAGCUUCAGUACAGGCUUGUCCCUGCUCCAGGUUCAAGAGGGAGGAUAAGGCAGGGCUGUGAGCAGCUCACUUGGACCCAUCCCAUGGGCUUCUCCCCAUACUGCCGACAUCCUCAUGUGCCUGGCUGGAGCUGCUGCAUAGCUUCCCAAGGAUGAGUGGUGAUGUUCUCUAGCUACACCUAGCAGCAUCUUGGCUUUCUCUGGAUGCACAGCAGCUGACCUGGACUUGGGCCUUUCUCCGAGAUAGACAGUACUGGCAGUCAGAUAUGACUGUCCAGAAACUUGUGGCCACAGCUGUGCUGGUGGCCCUUGUCUCCCUCAUCCUCAACAAUGCAGCAGCCUUUACCCCCAACUGGGUGUACCAGACGCUGGAGGAUGGACGCAAGCGAAGUGUGGGGCUGUGGAGGUCCUGCUGGCUGGCGGACAGGGGUAAGGGAGGCACAAGCCCUGGGACCCGAACUGGGCAGGUGGACACACAUGACUGUGAGGUGCUAGCAUGGGGCUCUGAGUCAGCAGGUUUCCAGGAGUCUCGAGGCACCGUCAAACUACAGUUUGACAUGAUGCGUGCUUGCAACCUGGUGGCCACAGCUGCACUUGCCGUGGGUCAGAUAACCUUCGUCCUUGGGCUGAUGGGCCUGCCCCUGAUGUCACCAGAAUCCCAGUGCUGGGAGGAGGCAAUGGCUGCUGCAUUCCAGCUGGCAAGCUUUGUGUUGGUCAUCGGACUGGUGACCUUCUACAGAAUUGGUCCUUACACCAACUUAUCUUGGUCUUGCUACCUGAACAUUGGUGCCUGCCUCCUGGCCACCCUGGCAGCUGCGAUGCUCAUCUGGAACAUUCUUCACCGGAGGGAGGACUGCAUGGCACCCCGGGUGAUUGUCAUCAGCCGCUCUCUUUCAACGCGGUUUCGCCGUGGCUUGGAUAAUGACUAUGUGGAGUCUCCAUGCUGAGAAAACCCUUAUUGGGACUUUCUCUAUGAAUAACUACUGUAAUGUCAUAGUCGAGAAACCAAUAGCCUGUCCCAGGCUCUGCUUGUGCAGAGAUGUGUGGCAAGUCUGGGUUAUCUAUAUAUACAUAUGUAUGAUACUUAUGUACAUUUAUUAUGUUACAUAUGAAUAUAUUAUGUGUCUAUAUGACAUGUGUGCCAUCCUACUUCUGACACACUCUUCCUUGGCCAGCACAGCAUGGCUUCAUAUGCAGGUUUUAAAGGUGGAAACUAGAUGUUGAGGCAGGGAAGGAGGCAGUGUGGGCACCUUGCUCUCCACCUCCAUUUGGGGUUAAUUUAUUCUGCAUCUACUAAGAUGGCAUCCCUGGUUACUUUUAUAAAGCAGAACAUCCAUCAUGAAGGGUCUUAAAACCCUUGAAUGAAACAGAGCUCACUACAGGUGGUAAUGGUUUAUGUCAGAAUCAGGUCAGCAGUGUACGUUUGUUUACUCCUGAUUAUUUGUCUAAGUUAAAAUACACACAAGCUUUUAAACUGUGUCUAAAACUUGUGUUUUAUAAACUCCAUCCAUAUUUCUACAUUUCUCUGAGACUUUGGUGAGUUGACAUUAAAAAGGGCUGAAAAGACUUCAUUAAGGAUCCAGAGGAGCACAUACCCCAAUUGAAGGUUUGUGCAACCCAGAAGUCCACAUCUGUGAAAUCCACUUUCCUGCACCCUGAAAACUGAACUGUCACAGCAGGUCAACAAACAGGAUGGAAAGAUGAAAUCCGAUAGCUUUUCCCAGGGAACCUUUAGCCUCCCUCCAGGUAGGGCAGGAUAAGCUAUUGAAUACCUCCGGAGACCAUGCUGCUUUGAAAAAUGCUGGAUCCUUAGUCUGUGGCUCCCCAGAAAACAUAUCAAAUAUGUACCUCUGGGGUUAAAAACGGCCCACAGAACCCAGAGCUGCCUGCCCACAUCAUCUGUGACCAAGGUCCUGGUGCACCCUUGCUAGAUAGCUCGUCAUGGCCACCCGGAGGCAGGAAUCACUGAUGGCAUAUGCAGCAAGAGGAAACUGGCACUAUCAGAACAUGAAAGCCAGGAGUGAGCUGCCCUCCUCUUGCUGCAUCUCCUAAUAAAUGUCAAGUUUGUUGUUUUCA